CAAAUCUCUCUCAUUCUCUUUCUCGCUCUAGUUUUCUCGUUGAGAGUCUGUUACUCUGUUUAAUUACAAGUUUUUUCCGGGAAAAAGUUUCUCGGGAAAAUAAAAGAAAAGAAGUCUCAAGAAAGAUUCAUCUUCGUUGAUCGCUACGAUGAAACGUUUCUUUUGCUGUCUCAAAGGAGGAAGCUCACGUAACGCAGGGCAAGGUAACGACGAGAACGACGAAGUAAACCUCGACCGACCAUUUGGGAAUAACGAGCGCCUCAAUCAUCUUUGGAGAAAUCAUCUCUCACUUCCUGACGAUCGUGAAGUUGCAGAUCCCACUGCUCGUUUUUUCCCUAUAUCUCCACCUCUACCUGAUAAUUGUGGAGCAUCAUUUCUAUGGCGCGAACUCGUAGACGGAACAAUAAACUUCCGGGACGAAUAUUUUCUCGGCAGAGGCAACUUCGGCGAAGUCUAUCGCUGCCGCUUCUCAAGACUUAAUGAGGAUGGAGCCGUAAAGAUUCAAAAACCAGACAAUCCAACUGGUCAUGUUGAGUUCUUGGCAGAGGUUACAACGUUACAUGCAGCUAAUCACCCAAAUGUGAUUAGACUUCUUGGCCAUUGUUACGGCCAAAGGAACCGUGCUAUAGUCUACGAAUUCAUGCCCAAUGGCUGUCUUGAGCGUCACAUCUUUGCACACGCAACGAGGGUGCAGGGUCCGUUUCCUCAGGGUCUACAACUACCAAUUAGGGUUUUGGAUUGGGAUACGAGGAUGAGAAUUGCUUUGGGUGUAGCCAAGGGUCUGGUUUAUCUACACCAGGAGCUGAAAGUGAUUAACCGAGAUGUCAAGGCCGGAAAUAUUCUACUUGAUGCAAAUUUUGUGCCGAAGCUGACUGAUUUUGGAUUGGCGACUAAAAUCGAUGUAGAUGAAAACGGUGUUGAGAAGCAGAUCCUGAUCAAUCCGAUGAAGGGAUCUUUGGGAUACAUUGCACCGGAAGGAGAGAUUUCCGGGUUUGUUUCGACUAAGACUGAUGUCUAUAGCUAUGGAGCUCUUCUGGUAGUGCUUUUCACCGGAAGGGAGCCUUUCUAUGUGAAGAAACCUACAGAGCGACUUGAACGGCCUACUAUGAGUGAUGUGGAAGCAAUGGUUCUCGAAGCUGCAUCUUUCCCGGUCCAAGUGCCGCCCCAGGUGAAAAGGAGGCGUUCGGCUUCGACAUAUGAAGUUUUCUCAGGGGGUUUUUAG